CCUUCCUUUUAAUCAAGGAUGGAUAACUGUGACCUAGAGAAACUCUCGUGCUCUGGUGGGAAACUGGAACCACCAUUCAAGCCAGAUAUAACUUCUUAUAAAGUAACUAUUGAGAGCAAAGUAAGCAAGGUGACUCUGGACUUCUUAACAAGUGACUGCGGCGCUUCAUACAAAAUACUGUUUGGGGAUGGCUCGAAGACCAUUCAAUUGAACGACGGAUUGAAUGCAGUGGCAAUUGAAGUUGUUUCUGAAGAUGGUACAUCGAAGAACUAUGGUAUUGAGAUCACUAAGUUAUCUGCCAACUCUGCAAAACUAUGUGAUUUAGCAAUAGAGGGAAAUUUUAAACUCCAUCCAGAAUUUUCUGCAAGCGUUUACGAAUAUUCAAGCUCUGUCCCGGUCGAUUAUACCAUGGUUGUCAUACAGCCAAAGCUACCGGAUAAGAACAUGCAAGUUACAGUUGAUGGGGAGGACAGCUCGAAAGCCCUUCUGUUGAAUGUCGGCGAUACUGUGGUUGCAAUUAAAGUUUCAUCGGCAGAUGGCACCAAUUCUCAAGUGUAUUCGAUUACCAUCAGUAGAGAGCACAUUCCAGUGGCUGUCACUUUCUGUAAUGUGAAGGACCAGAUUAAGUAUGAGUGUCCAAUUUCCCUGACAGCCUUCUACAGACCUGUCUCAAUAAGUCAAAGUGACCCAAAGCACGUCUUUUCAGCUCCCUACAUUGACAUGUUGACUCGGAGGUCAAAGGUUGAUCCCCUCAGUGAGACCCCACUGGGUGAGGGCUGGAAAGUUCCAGAGCUGGAUCUUGACAAGGAGAUGUCCGUCGCUUGUGACAUAAUGUAA